CUCCUCUGUUCCUUCAUAAGUUAAAGGCCAAAAAUGCUUUUAGCUUUAAUCUAUAUAACUCGCCUCUAGAUCACUCAACUUCGUCAUUACCAAGAGAAACGGUGUGUUCUUAUCCUCUCAAAGCUAUCCCACCGGGACCGAACCAACUCUUAUCACUUUGAUCUAUCUAUCUCCCACAGUUAAAAAUAGAAACUUUGCAAAGCUUUAAGCUUUUUGAUGAAGGAACAAGUUGUGUAAUAGAGACAGAACUGAAGUAGAUAAAUGGAUAAACAAGCGAGAGAAGAUACUACAUGGGUUCCUCAGACACCCAUCAAGCCAAUUGCUCCGAUCUACCCAGAUCAUCAGAUUCAGACAGAAGAAGAAAGGUUACUCGUUGGGAACAAAGACAAGAGUGGUGUUGACCAUUUGUCUUUUGUAGAUUUGCUGGCUCUAGCCAACACUGCUUCAUCAGUGUUUUUGUCUCGCCAGACUGGGAUUGAUAAAGAACAUGUCAUCAAGACUCCUGAAAAGCCAAAGAGGAAGAAGCAUAGGCCAAAGGUUGUUAGAGAAGUGAAACCGAAGAGAGUUCCUAAGCCCAGAACUCCGAAGAAGCCUGCUGCUGCUGCUGUUGAGGAGGGUCAAGAAAGCAAAACGCCUAAGAGGAAGUACGUGAGGAAGAAAAAGGAAGAAGCUGAUGAGGAUCAAGAAUACACACCACUUGAAGAGUCAGCAGCAGCAGCUGGAGAAGCAUCAGCUCAUGGAAAGAAGGCUUGUCGAAGAACUUUGGACUUUGAGGGCGACAGUCUCGAACCCGAGAAGGACGAGAUUCAACACAGAGAUGAGACAGGAGAAAAGCAGGAUCAAGAGUUGCAAGAUUGUCAUAUGGCAGUGCCUAGCACGCCUAAGAGAAAGCGCAGCAGCCAACCUAGAAGAAUGGGAAAGGAGCCUGUGAAGAAUAAUGAGGCGCAAGCUACAAAGAGAAGACAAGGAAAAAAACCAAAUAGUAACAUAUAUUUUUCAGGGAGUCAAUACGAUGAGGUGUUUGAGUACUACAACGAAGAGCAAUUGUUGUAUUUAAAUGACUCGCCGCAGAAAGGGACUAGAUCUCAAGCCAAUCCAAACACAUCGUUCGCUGGACAACAACAACUUGUUGUACAAGACUGCUACAGUUUUGCAUCUCAGGGCAGUUCUAGUAGAGUCCUAACCUUUCAAGGAAGGCAGAGCUUUGAGUCUAUGGACAAGAUAGGCACCCCAACAAAGAAGAGAACUACAGGUCAUGCUCGAUUCCGGGGUUUGUCUUCCAUAAAUAAAUCUACACAAAUGUCUGAGCAGUCACAAGCAGGACGGUAUAGCAGCAGACAACAGGUUAUUGCUAAGAAACCGGUGGCGUCGAGCAGAAAAAAGCGAACCAGUAAGUCUCAGAAAUCACAGACCAAGCAGCUCGCUCUUCUCCCUAAUCACUGCCAGUUUCCACCUUUAUUUGCUGCAGGACUUUCUCCAGAUGAAAUUUGGAGACAACGUUACUCUGUUGAAGCAAUCAGCGAGCUAAUGCGUUUAUUAGACAUCAACAGAGAGUACUCGGAAACUGCUCUUGUUCCUUAUGGAACGAACAGCAGUUACAGCAUAGGCAACGAGAUUGUAAUCUUCAACGGUGGCCCUGGAGCUAUAGUGCCUUCAACUCGUGUGAAGAAACCACGGCGCGAACGAGCGAAGGUUAAUAUAGAUAACGAGACGGAUAGAGUCUGGAAGCUUUUGAUGGAUAAUAUUGAUAGCGAAGGUGUUGACGGAUCAGACGAGAAGAAGGCCAAAUGGUGGGAGGAAGAACGUAAUGUGUUUAGAGGACGUGCUGACUCAUUCAUAGCACGAAUGCAUCUUGUACAAGGGGAUAGACGUUUUACACCAUGGAAAGGAUCAGUUGUUGAUUCUGUGGUUGGAGUGUUUCUCACUCAAAACGUUUCUGAUCAUCUCUCAAGCUCCGCGUUCAUGUCAUUGGCUGCGGCGUACCCUGCACCAGUAAUACCCAGCAGUGACUUUGAAGUAGGCACAAGCUCCAUGCCUUCGAUACGAAUAACUUACUUGGAUUCGGAUGAACCGGUCUCAAACCCACCAGUUCACAAUGAGGUUUCUGCUACUUUAAACAUCACACAGCCUGAUGAGGAGAAGGAUUAUGUAAACAGCAAUGACACCUCAAGGAGCAGCAGUGAGAUUGCCAGCUCAGGGAAUGAAUCAGCUGCCAAAACCAUGGAUCCAAAGGCGCGGGUGGAUUUAGACAGAACUGGCUCAAGCGUGGAAGUUAUGAAGACAGAUCAGAUGUACCUUGUCCAAGAGCUGCUUCCAUCUGAAGAUUCUGUACUUACAUGUCAGAAGUCAUUGGUUUCUGAGACUCCUCAAAGCACAGAGAGAACAGGAUCAAGCUCUGAGAUCAACUCAGAAGCAGAGCAUUAUACGUCCUAUGUGAAGCUCCUAGAGUCUCAGGGGUCUGCUCAGCUACAAGAGAAAGAAAGAGACGUCAUCACAGCUGAUACUGUCUUAGUGGAAGAGGCCAAUCAAAAGACUCAGUGUUCAAGCAGUCCUGGAAGUUUACAAGUAUCCUCAAACACGUCUCCUGGUGAUUGCAGCUCAGAGGUUAAGGACAUCAAGUCAUUGAAAGGGAAAGCAAAGUGUACUGAUGAUGAUGAACCAUGUUGCUUCUUUGGGGAUGUCUUGAGUGUUCACAAACCAGAUAUACCUGAAAGCUCUAGCAGCGUUCCUUCAGCAAAACUGGUGAUAGAAACUCGGAUUCCAGAUAUUAAUGAAAGCACGAACUGUCUUGAUGUCCAAGAAGGCACCGAGAAGCAAUCAGGACAUGACUCAUCAUCCAAAGAGAUCAAUCCUAUGGAUAAGGCUGCUUUCAAUGCGAACGGGAAGAAGAUUCUAAAGGAGGUAGCAGAGGAGUUUGAUUGGGACAGUUUAAGAAGAGAAGCACAAGAUAGAGAAGGCAAAAGAGAGAAAACAGCAAGGACCUUGGACUCUGUUGACUGGGAAGCCAUAAGAACUGCUGAUGUCAAUGAAGUUGCUGAAACCAUCAAGAGCCGUGGGAUGAACCAUAAACUUGCUGAACGUAUACAGGGCUUCCUUAACCGACUGCUAACAGACCAUGGAAGUCUUGAUCUCGAAUGGUUGAGAGAUGUUCCACCUGACAAAGCAAAGGAAUAUCUUCUGAGCUUCAAUGGACUAGGCCUGAAAAGUGUGGAGUGUGUUAGGCUGCUAACUCUGCACCAUCUUGCCUUUCCAGUUGAUACGAAUGUUGGACGCAUAGCAGUUAGACUCGGAUGGGUACCCCUUCAACCUCUCCCGGAGUCUCUUCAGCUGCAUCUUCUAGAAAUGUAUCCUGUACUUGAGUCUAUACAGAAGUAUCUUUGGCCACGUCUAUGCAAAUUCGACCAAAAAACAUUGUAUGAAUUGCAUUACCAAAUGAUUACUUUCGGAAAGGUGUUCUGCACGAAGAGCAAACCCAACUGCAAUGCCUGUCCUAUGAGAGGGGAAUGCAGACACUUUGCUAGUGCGUUUGCAAGUGCGAGGUUAUCUUUACCGGGUCCAGAGAAAGGAAUGGAGACACCUGAUUUGUCUCUACGCAGCCUGCCUGAGCCAUUGCGGAGACAGCAGGGGUUAGAAGUAGUCAACCACUCAGAAGCAGCAAAUAGAGUCACAAGCUGUGAACCGAUAAUCGAAGAGCCAGCAUCACCAGAGCCGCAGUGUGAAGAAGUAACUAUAGCUGACAUAGAGGAGGCUUUCUAUGAAGAUCCUGAAGAGAUCCCAACGAUAAGACUGAACAUGGACGCAUUUACAAACAACCUGAAGAAAAUUUUUGAACACAGCAAGGAACUACAAGAUGGAAACAUGUCUGGAGCUUUGGUUGCUCUUACUGCUGAGGCUGCAUCUCUUCCGAUGCCUAAGCUCAAAAACAUUAGUCAGCUGAGGACAGAACACCAAGUGUAUGAACUUAACGAUGACCAUCAUCUUCUAAAACAGUUUCAAUUUGAGAAGCGAGAAACUGAUGAUCCAUGUUCCUAUUUACUUGCUAUAUGGACACCAGGUGAGACGGUUGAUUCCAUCCAACCAACUAGAAGCAAAUGCAUUUGGCAAGAAGCAGGCAAAAUGUGUGAUGAGCCAACUUGUUUCUCUUGCAACAACAUAAGGGAGACGCAAUCACAGACCGUUAGAGGAACCAUCUUGGUGCCUUGUAGAACCGCAAUGAGAGGUAGUUUCCCACUCAAUGGGACAUACUUCCAAGUCAACGAGGUGUUUGCGGAUCAUGAGUCUAGUCUAACGCCAAUUGAUGUUCCAAGAGAAUUGUUAUGGAACCUUCCUAGAAGAACCGUCUACUUUGGCACAUCUAUCCCAUCAAUAUUUAAAGGUUUAUCUACUGAAACAAUUCAACAAUGUUUCUGGAGAGGGUAUGUAUGUGUGAGAGGAUUUGAUAGGAAGACAAGAGGACCAAAGCCUUUGAUUGCGAGGUUGCACUUUCCGAAAAGCAAAAUGAAGUCACAGGUUAAUCCGGAUGGAUGAUGCAUAGGUAGUAAGAAAGCAGACUCGGCCUAUGGUUUACCAAACAAGCCAAUGUAAAAUAUUAGAGUCGUAACAGGUCUUUGAACUCCAUGUUAGUGCGUGUCUUUGUUUGUAUUAAUUAGGAAGUCACAAGAACGAAACCAAGUAGCUAAGCUGAAUCUCUCGUCUUUUCUUUAUGUAUUGUUCUCUGCCAAGUAGAUGCCAACUUUUACUUGUUUAGUUUCCCA